AUGGACGGUGUGAUAAACCUUAUAAAAAAUGACAAAAGCGAAGAAGAAUUCCAAAACGAAGUUAGAGCUAAGCUCAAGGAUUUCUCGAAGAAAAUGGACAAUUUGAACCAAGGAAUUGAAAAGCUUCACAGUCUUAUGAUGCAUAGUACCGAUCGCAUUAUUGCAGACACUCGAUUGCAAGGUUAUGAAACAUUUAGGCAGCAAUUGAAUGAAGAGCUUAAUUACAUUGAAACUAAAUACAUGAAUAGUAUUGCUCCGAUUAUUUCUAACUUAUCGAAUUAUGAUCUCCAAGCUCUCAACGAACAUCUUAAGCCGAUACUUGAAAAUGGGAUUUUGGAAGAAAAGCUGAUUCGUAUUAAAUUUAGUUCGGAAUUGCACGGAAAGACACAUAGGGAAGAAACUAAAAAUUUAUUUGGAAGUGUGGCUAUUAUUUCGAAAGAUCAGAAAGAUAAGCAUUUGGAGUGUAACGAUAUUUCUGUAUACGACAAACUGUUCUUCUACUAUGACUACGUAGUAAAAAUGGUCACUCAAGGUUACAACAUGCUUCUCUGGACUUAUCAAUACCGCAGAUUACAAGACCAUGACCACAAUGUAAUUAACAAAAACUUGCAAUUAGUGCUUCAAAAUCGACAAAAAGAAGCCGUCGUUAAGAUAACUGAAGCCGCACAACACCAUUUGCGUUUAGUAGACAAUAUCAGUUGGAGGUCUGCAUACGCUUGUGAUCCUGAACGAUGGGAAGAAGGAAAAAAUUACAUCCGAGUAAAACCUUUCAAACCAAAGGGCUGUGGAGGUGUUCCAAACUGUGAGGCGUCGAGGCCCACUCUGACUGAGCUUCCUAGUAUAUUCAGCUUGAUGCUUGUAUCUUGUGACACUUCCAAAUACGAGUAA